GCACUCAUUUAUUGAUUAAAAAUCCGUAUGAAGUUAUUUAAACAAAACAUAAAUAUGAAUAUUAAUCAAAACCCAAUCAGGGACAUUCGUUUAAGUGACAGCGUAUACCUGAAUUUAAACAUCACGUGGAGGCGAGCUGAUGUGGGGUCGAUUACUUCGGUCUGUUGCUUCUGAAACAGACAGAAGUGACUCUGUGGAUGAACAUGCUAACAUGCUAACAUGAACAUAUAUAUGAACUGAACCGCGUCUCCCUCCUUCACUCAACCUGUUCGUCAAUUGACCAAUUCCUCCAACAAUCAUGCUGCCCCUGAAGGAGAAGGACAAACCCAUCGUCCAGAAGCUGCUCUCCGCCGGCUGCUGCGCUCGCUGCAUCCUCCGGUUCUGCUGCAUUCGUGUGCAGGCCACCUACCGACGGCCGCAGCAGGACACACUCGAGGAGCUUCAAACUUUCAUCCACAGUGCGGAAAACAGCCAAUCCCACGAUGCAGCAGCACCAGAGACCUCGGGAGAAAACAACCAGUCCCACGAUGCAGCAGCACCAGAGACCUCGGGAGAAAACAACCAGUCCCACGAUGCAGCAGCACCAGAGACCUCGGGAGAAAACAACCAGUCCCACGAUGCAGCAGCACCAGAGACCUCGGGAGAAAACAACAAGUCCCAUGAUGCAGCAGCAGCAGCACCAGCUGUGACAGAGGCUCCCCAGGAACCGCCGAGCAAAAGGGCCAAACUGGAGCCGAGCGGAACGAACGCUGCGUCGGAGGGAGGCGACGGCAACGCCGCUGCAGCACCAAGAGUGUGUGUGGUGUGUUUGGGAAUCCUGCAGGAACUCUGUGACCUGACUCAGGCUGUCAAGAUCGCGGCAGGAGUGAAGGCAGAAAAGUACGAGUUUGACUCCCUGGUGUUGUCGGUCUCUCUGCCAGCGCAGCUGUGUGUCCGCGAGCACUCCUGUUGGCUCCACGUGAAGAAGGAAGUGAGGGAGAAAGGCCUGGUGCUCGACAAGGACGACAUCAUCCCGCUGAAGGAAGCCUUCAAGUGGAUCAUGCAGGGCCUGGUCUCCAAGGAACUGGGGGGCGCUGUCGUGGUUACCAAGAGCGCUCUCGAGGUCGGUGUGGAGUUCACCCACAAAGAAACAGACGCCGACUGCCACUUCCUUGCAACAGUGUGUCCCGACUGCUUCAAACCAGCCAAGAACAAACAGUCGGUGUUCACCAGGAUGGCCGUGGUAAAAGCUCUGGAAAAGAUUUCAGACGUCAAGUUCCUCAGACACUUCCCGUGUCCUCCGACGCAGCCGUCCAGCUGCUGCAGCCCUCAGGGCGUCCAGUGUCUCCACCUGUCCGUCUUCGUGGCAGGGAGAUACAACAAGUUCUGCCGCAGCCUCCCCCAGACUCCCUGGCUGAUUGACGGGGAGAGGAGGAUGGAGUCGUCGGUGGAGGAGCUGAUCGCGGCGCCCGUCCUGUCGACCUUCAGAGCCGAAGGUUUUAAUUUCUCCUCCUCCGGCAGAGAGGACGUAGACGUCCGCACUCUGGGGAACGGUCGGCCGUUUGCGAUGGAGCUGCUGAAUCCUCACAGAUCCAGAUUGAGCCGCAUGGAGAUGAAGCAGCUGCAGCAGACCAUUAACGAGUCCUCCGACAAAAUCCGAGUGAGAGACCUGCAGAUCGUCACCAGAGACGCCAUGAGUCGGAUGAAGGAGGGCGAGGAGGAGAAGACCAAGUCGUACACAGCUCUGGUCUGGACCAGGAGACCGAUUCAGAGAGAAGACAUCAGCUUCAUCGGCGACAUCAAGGAACUGACUCUGGAUCAGAAAACUCCUCUGAGGGUUUUACAUCGCCGGGCGCUCGCCGUCCGACAGCGAGUCGUCCACAGUAUGAACGUUCACUUCCUGGACCCGCAUCACUUCCACCUGCGACUGAAGACGCAGGCCGGGACCUACAUCAAGGAGUUUGUCCACGGAGACUUCGGCCGCACCAAGCCCAACCUGUGUGAGCUGCUGAGGACGGACGCCGACAUCCUGGAGCUGGACGUGGAGUCUGUGGACGUGGACUGGCCUCCUGCCAUACCAGAGUGAACGCCGCCCCUCGUCCCGGACCGUCCACCCAGUUGAACGCUGCUGCUCCGUGGAACAACGUGUCUGCGGUUCCGUCUGUUUCGGAAGCAUCGACUGAAUCUUUAGUUUAGCGUCACCGAAAACGUUAAAUAUCACUUUUUUAACAUCGGUCUGACGUACCCGAGGCCGGGGGUUCGAGCAGUGACAUCAUCAUCAUCGUCAACAACAACAACAACAACAAAGAGAGAGACGAGCUUUCUCCAAAAUCGCGUACUGCCCCUUUAAUCACGAGGGGUUCAGCGGAUGUACGUCUCAGUUCCUUUGGGGAAAACAUCAUCUUCUUUUUUUGGACUUCUUAUCCAGCUGCAGCAGGUUGUUGUCUUCACUGGAAGUGAACACGUGGAACAUUUUUCCAAGCUCACUUUGAGAUCCAAUAUUUAGAGCCCGACGAUAAUAUCGACCGAUACGAGCCUUUCACUGACAAUAUCGGUGUCAACACUUAUGUUUACCAAUAUGAAAUCUUACAUCGUACAGAAUCAAUCAUGUUUAUUUUCUUAAUUCAAGUUCUUUAUAUUUGGUUGUAUUUGUGUUUUCUUUUCAUUUUUGGUUAUUUAUGGUUAAACUAAAAUAUUGAGCCUCCCUUACAUUUCUUUUUCCUGAAGGCUUGAUAACCACAUCUUAGGAAUCAUUGACAGAUAUAAAAAAUAUAUAUAGAAGUAGAGAAUCUUGUUCUCUCUAAUCUCCAUAUCGACCGCUAUAAAUCCAUAUCGGUCGGGCUCUAUGAAAUAUGACGUUUUCAUUUUGCAGCAGCGCUGACGUUCACUCUGAUAUGAUUUAUGAAUUAUGAAUAUUUCACCAGAAAAGAUGAUUUCUUUCCCCUUCAGUUGUUUUUGUGUAGGAGCUUUUUCCUGUGUAUCAUCUUCUGUCAUGUACAGUACGUUGUCCUGCAGCGAUUAAAGCAACUUUCAUUAGAA